UAUUUGAAUCAUUUGUGGAUUAUGUGGCAGUAGAACAACUAGACGGUGACAACAAAUACGACGCCGGGGAGCAUGGCCUGCAGGAAGCAGAGAAAGGUGUGAAAUUCCUAACAUUGCCACCAGUGUUACAUCUACAACUGAUGAGAUUUAUGUAUGACCCUCAGACGGACCAAAAUAUCAAGAUCAAUGAUAGGUUUGAGUUUCCCGAACAGUUACCGCUUGAUGAGUUUUUGCAAAAAACAGAUCCUAAGGACCCUGCAAAUUAUAUUCUUCAUGCAGUCCUGGUUCAUAGUGGAGAUAAUCAUGGUGGACAUUAUGUGGUUUAUCUAAACCCCAAAGGGGAUGGCAAAUGGUGUAAAUUUGACGACGAUGUGGUGUCGAGGUGUACGAAAGAAGAAGCAAUCGAGCACAAUUACGGGGGCCACGAUGACGACCUCUCUGUCCGGCACUGCACGAACGCGUACAUGUUGGUUUAUAUCAGGGAGUCCAAGCUGAGUGAGGUGUUACAAGCUGUCACCGACCAUGAUAUUCCUCAGCAGCUGGUGGAACGAUUACAGGAAGAGAAAAGGAUCGAGGCCCAGAAGCGGAAGGAGCGUCAGGAAGCCCAUCUCUACAUGCAAGUGCAGAUAGUUGCAGAGGACCAGUUUUGUGGCCACCAAGGAAAUGAUAUGUACGAUGAAGAAAAAGUGAAGUACACUGUGUUCAAAGUAUUGAAAAACUCUUCGCUUGCUGAAUUUGUCCAGAACCUCUCUCAGACCAUGGGAUUUCCACAAGAUCAGAUUCGGUUAUGGCCAAUACAAGCCCGGAGGAAUGGAACCAAACGACCAGCAAUGCUAGAAAACGAGGCAGAUGGCAAUAAAACAAUGAUUGAGCUCAGUGAUAAUGAAAACCCUUGGACAAUAUUCCUGGAAACAGUUGAUCCAGAACUGGCUGCUACUGGAGGAACAUUGCCCAAGUUUGAUAAAGAUCAUGAUGUGAUGUUAUUUUUGAAGAUGUACGAUCCCAAAACACGGAGCUUGAAUUACUGUGGGCACAUCUACACACCGAUUUCCUGUAAAAUCCGUGACUUGCUCCCAGUUAUGUGUGACAGAGCAGGAUUUGCCCAAGAUACUAGCCUUAUCCUCUAUGAGGAAGUUAAACCGAAUUUAACAGAGAGAAUUCAGGACUAUGAUGUGUCUCUUGAUAAAGCCCUUGAUGAACUAAUGGAUGGUGGUAUUAUAGUGUUUCAGAAGGACGACCCUGAAAAUGACAACAGUGAAUUACCCACUGCAAAAGAAUAUUUCAGAGACCUCUACCACCGUGUUGAUGUCAUUUUCUGUGAUAAGACAAUCCCUGAUGAUCCUGGAUUUGUGGUCACGUUAUCAAAUAGAAUGAAUUAUUUUCAGGUCGCAAAGACAGUUGCACAGAGACUCAACACUGACCCGAUGCUGCUCCAGUUUUUCAAGUCUCAAGGUUAUAGGGAUGGCCCAGGUAAUCCUCUUAGACAUAAUUAUGAAGGUACUUUAAGAGAUCUUCUACAGUUCUUCAAGCCAAGACAACCUAAGAAACUUUACUAUCAGCAGCUUAAGAUGAAAAUCACAGACUUUGAAAACAGGCGAAGUUUUAAGUGUAUAUGGUUAAACAGCCAAUUUAGGGAAGAGGAAAUAACACUAUAUCCAGACAAGCACGGGUGUGUCCGGGACCUGUUAGAAGAAUGUAAAAAGGCUGUAGAGCUUGGGGAGAAGACAUCAGGGAAACUUAGGCUGCUAGAAAUUGUAAGCUACAAAAUUAUUGGUGUGCACCAAGAAGAUGAACUAUUAGAAUGUUUAUCCCCUGCGACGAGUAGAACGUUUCGAAUAGAGGAAAUACCUUUGGACCAGGUAGACAUAGAUAAGGAAAAUGAGAUGCUGAUCACAGUGGCCCAUUUCCACAAAGAAGUGUUCGGGACGUUUGGCAUCCCAUUUUUGCUGAGGAUACACCAGGGCGAGCAUUUCAGAGAAGUCAUGAAGCGCAUUCAGAGUCUGCUAGACAUCCAGGAGAAGGAGUUUGAAAAGUUUAAAUUUGCCAUUGUGAUGAUGGGCCGGCACCAGUACAUAAAUGAAGAUGAGUACGAAGUAAACUUGAAAGACUUUGAACCUCAGCCUGGUAACAUGUCUCACCCUCGGCCGUGGCUAGGGCUCGACCACUUCAACAAAGCCCCAAAGAGAAGUCGCUACACUUACCUUGAAAAGGCCAUUAAAAUCCAUAACUGACUUCCUCACCCCGUGUGUGCAAGGCAAGGACCGCGUGUGGGUGUGUGCCCCUUUUUAACAGCGAGAACUUUGGUACACGUGUGCUCUGGCCGAAGUCUUCAGCAAGAGGAUUUGCUGCUGGUGUUAAUUUUAUUUUGUUGAGGCUGUUCGGUUUGGCUUCUCUGUAUCUAUUGACUGCCCUUUUUGAGCAAAAUGAAGGUGUUUUUAUAAAGCUUGGAUGCCAAUGAGAGUUAUUUUAUGGUAACCACAAUGCAAGGCAACUGUCAGCAUAAUGGGGAGAAGAGGUUAGGGCAGGAGUCCCCAACCCCAGGGCCACGGACCCCGAAAGGUCUUGGCCUGUCAGGAACCAGGCUGCCAGGGGAGCUCGCCUGAGCUCCGCUUCCGGCCUCCACCCCUGCUCCGCCCCCACCCCUUCCACGUCCUUGGCAGAUCAGGUCCCUGGUGCCAAAGAGGUUGGGGGCCGGUGGGUUAGUGGAACGCGGGGCACUGGCAAAAGGUCUAGUCCGUGUCUGGUUGGCAUAAGGUGCCUGGCUGCCUCCCGGGGUCGCGGUCGCCACCCUGCCCGCAGCUAGUAGUCUUAUGUUUAGGCUCGUCCAACGUUAUUUCCUUUAGUUACACUUGCAGUGCCCUUCUGUGCAUCUGUAAAGGCGAAACGGAGAAACUUCACAGGCUAAUAAAUAGCGCUCUUUCCCUUCACUGCGUGUCCUGUCGCCCCUUCCUUGGUUCCCUCCCCGGCUGCCUGGGUCUUUACAAUAAACUCGUCUCGUUUCCGUCAGCCACUACUGUUCUGCAGCCCAUCCGCAACGUGGAUGCACUGAAUACAGUCUGACAGACUUUCUGGGGUCUUUUUAUUAAAUGGAAAGCACUGUUAAGUACAAUUAAGGUGUACUAUGCUGCCUGUCGGCAGACUUAAUGAUCUCAAGAGUCCGUACGAGCAGGUGAAAAAAUUACAGAUCGAACUUUCUGAAAAUGGAACGGAUGGAACAAAAACAAAAACAGGAGAGCCAUUUAGCAAAGAGGGGGCAUGCUCACUAGUGGUUAGUAAGCUGUUGACUUUGUAAAAAAGUUAAAAUUAAAAAAACACAGGAAAAAUGAAAUUGUAUAUUUAAUGAAUGAACAUGUACAAUUUACCACUGGGAGGAGGUGACUUUUUGUUGGGUGAAUCUACAAGUGACUCUCACUGAUGUUGAUAUUCAUUGUGUGUAGUUUUAUUUCAGUCCUGACCCUUCUAUUUUGGAGCUAAUGCCAGCUGCGUGUCUAGUUUUGAGUGCAGUAAAAUAGAAUCAGCAAAUCACACUUAUUUUCCAUCCUUUUCCAGUAUUUUUGUUUGUUUCUGUAGCAGCAGUGUACACCAACUCUUCCUGUAUAUUGCCUUUUUGCUGGAAAAUGUUGUAUGUUGAAUAAAAUUUUCUAUAAAAAAUUAUAAUUCAGUGAGUGACGUGGAAGUUGAGAAAGACUUCUGCCUUCCCAAAAAGGGGCCUGGGAAACCUUUUCAUUCAUAACAAGGUUUUACUGAGAUACCGUCCCUCCUAAUUUCAGUAUUGCCGAUGUACCAUACUGGCUCCUUUCUUUUCCUUUUCUUGGUUGCCUCUGACUAGUCUCAUUUAAGCUAAAGAAAUAAAAGUUUUCCAGCUGGGAACCAUGGACAAAUGAGAUG